AUGAAGUCCAUUCAAGUUUUCUUAAUUGUCUUCUCUCUUCUCAUGGUUGCUAACAUGAGCUAUGGAAGAAAGGAUUUGGGAGAGUAUUGGAAGAGUAAGAUGAAUGAGGAAGCUAUGCCAGAAGCAAUUAAAAACCUUAUUAAAGUUCCAGCUCAAGAAAAAGAACAUCAUUCUUUUGUUAAAGACUUUGAUGUUCAUUCUAAUAUCAUAUUAUAUCAUCAGAAACAUGACAAACAAGUUCCAACUGAAGAAAAAGAAGAUCAUUCUUUUGUUAAAGACUUUGAUGUUCAUCCCAAUAUCAUACUAUAUCAUCAGAAACAUGACAAGCAAGUUCCAACUGAAGAAAAAGAAGAUCAUUCUUUUGUUAGAGACUUUGAUGUUCAUCCUAAUAUCAUAUUAUAUCAUCAGAAACAUGACAAACAUGUUCAACUUUGA